CGCUCCCAGCAUUUUGCCCGGCUUCAUUCUGCAGGCAAACUCAAAACUGUUCAGGGAGACGCAAAGCGGGGCGUCGCUCGCUGCCAGACCGAGCUUGUGGAAGCUGGCACCGGGGUAGUGACAGAGGCCGGUGAAACCUCAGCAGAGGCUCCGAGCAGGAAGGAAUAAGAGCGCCUCGAUAGUGUGUCUUUCCCCUGCAUUGAGAGGCAACUGCGGAGCGUUAAACAACUGCGCCCGGUAUGAGAUUUAAGGUGUCCUGGAACUUUGCUCGCCCCAAACACGGGUGGGAGGCGGUGAUCUGAAGAUGUUCCGCUCCGUCCUGGUAAUGAGUGUGUUUGCAGUGACUGGCUUCUCCAAGACCCCGUCAGAGAACCGUAAAAGUGCCAAAGACAUUUGCAAGCACCGAUGUGCGUGCGAGGAGAAGGAAACGAUGUUGAAUAUUAAUUGCGAGAACAAAGGUUUCACCAAGGUUAGCUCGCUCCAGCCGCCACAGAAUCGGUUCUACCAGCUCUUCCUCAACGGGAAUUCCCUGAGCAAGCUCCCUCCCAAAGGCUUCAUCAAUUUUACCAACACGGUGACACUGCACCUGAGCAGCAACGGGCUGCAGGAGAUCCGGAACGGCGCCUUCCAAGGAUUGGCCACGCUCAAGAGGUUGCACUUAAACAACAACAAGCUGGAGGUGCUGAGAGAGGAGACCUUCCUGGGCUUGGAGAGCUUGGAGUACCUGCAGGCAGAUUACAACUACAUCAGCAUCAUCGAACCGGGCACGUUCAGCAAGCUCAACAAACUGAAGGUGCUCAUUUUGAACGAUAACCUGCUGCCCAGUCUCCCGAACAACAUCUUCCGCUUCGUGCUGUUGACUCACCUCGACCUGAGGGGGAACCGGUUAAAGAAGCUGCCCUUCGCCGGGGUUCUGGAACACAUUGGGGGCAUUGUGGAGAUCCAGCUGGAAGAGAACCCUUGGAACUGUACGUGUGACCUGGUCCCCCUGAAGGCCUGGCUGGAUACAAUCUCCUUCUUCGUGGGCGAGAUGGUGUGCGAGACCCCCUUCAGGCUCCACGGGAGGGACGUCGCCCACUUGAACAAGCAGGACCUGUGUCCCCGCAAGAGCGCCGUCGACUCCAGCCUGAGGAUCCUGCGCCCCUCCCUGGUGGGCUCCCACCUGUCCCCCACUGCUGGGUCGGCCCUGAGCCCGGCCAAACCCACCCUGAGAGGGGGCAAGGCUCAGCGGCAGCCCAAGAGCCGCGCCCGGGCCACUCCAACCCCCAACGCCCGGCAGAUAUUCGGCCCCAUUAUGGUCUACCAGACCAGGUCACCCUUACCGGCUAUUUGCCCCGCCAUCUGUUCGUGCACCCUCCAAAAUUCGGACAAGGGGCUGAACGUGCACUGUCACGAGAGGAGAAUCAGAAACAUCACUGAUCUCCAACCCAGACCUCCAAACCCAAAGAAACUUUACCUCACCGGGAACCUGUUGCACCUGGUGCAGGUGAGUGACUUCGGGGAGUACGGCGCUCUGGAGCUACUGCACUUGGGGAACAAUCGGAUAUCAGUCAUCCAGGACGGCGCCUUUCGCAACCUCAGCAACCUCCGCCGGCUCUACCUCAACGGGAACCACAUCGAAAGGCUGUCGCCCGCUCUCUUCGUGGGGCUUCAGAGGUUGCAGUAUUUGUACCUGGAGUCCAAUGUCAUCAAGGAGGUCCUGGAGCGCACCUUCCACUCCAUGGGUAGGCUGAGUUUGCUCUACCUCAACAAUAACCUCCUGCGGACCUUACCCUCCGGUGUGUUCGCUGGUACCAACCUAACGAGGCUGAACCUGAGGAAUAACUAUUUCCCGCACCUGCCAGUGAGAGGGGUCUUGGACCAGUUGUCCACCGCCGUGCAGAUCGAUCUCCAGGAGAACCCCUGGGAAUGCGGUUGUCCCAUUCUGGCUCUGAAGACUUGGUUGGAGCAGUCACGGACCGGGGUGGUGGUCAACGAAGUGGCUUGCGACUCCCCCGCGAAGUUCGCCGGCCAGGUGCUGAGAUCCCUCAGGAACCAGGAGAUCUGCUCGGAGUUGCCCCUUCACACCACCCGCGACCCCAAUGUCCUGCAGGGCGACGGCGAGCCUCCCAGUCCCGGCACGGCUCAGUCUAGCCCCGUCCCACUCUCCGUCCUGAUCUUGGGUUUACUGGUGGUCUUCAUCCUCAGCGUCUGUUUCGGGGCCGGGUUGUUCGUCUUCGUGUUGAAGCGGCGUAAAAACGGCGCAAGUGCUCAGAGCGGCACCCCCAAUAACUUGGACCUCAAUUCCUACCAGCUGCAGUGCGGAUCGUACGGCGCAGAGCCCGGGGAGAAGACAGAGGCACAUGUGUACAAUUACAUCCCUCACCCCGUGGGCCAAAUGUGCAAGAACCCCAUCUACAUCCAACGAGAAGGAGAACAGGGUGGCUACUACCGAGACCUGCCCGACCUCAGCUUCAGCGGUCUACAAGCGAAGAAGUCUCACCCUUUGGGCAGCGCGCCUUACUCCAUUAGCACGGUGGAAUUACUUGGGCAGCAACCGUCCCGACAUUCCGAGUCUCUGUACCAGAACCUGGGCGAACGGCGGAAGGUGCUGCCCAGCGGUCUGACCACCCACUACACCUUCUGCACCUUGCCCAAGCGCCAGCUCGCCAACACGUCCCAAGGAGCCCGGGAACAGGACAGGCUAAAUAAAACGGUUCUGUACGGGACCCCGAGGAAACAGCCGGCGAAAAGCGACAACCUUUCCCUCCAAGGGAAACCCCACACAGAACCAGACUACCUCGAGGUGUUGGCUAAGCAAACUGUCAUCAGCCAACUGUAGGACAAUGAGAAAUAGACUUAACUACUAGACAAACACGUACAGGAUGCGUUAUUCUAACAAGACUUAUUCCCCAGUAACUUCACCCGAUUCAUCACACUGGUGAGCUUCAAAACCAACACCAUUUCUCCAAAAUCGCACUGAAUUCGCUGUUCCAGGAAACCAGUACUUGGACGUGGCUUCAGUUGCUAUGCUGAUUUCAUAAUUGCCACACACACACACACACACACACACACACACACACACACACACACACACACACACACACACACACACACACACACACACACACACACACACACACACACACACACACAAAAUCAUUUUCUUGAUUUUAGUUCAUUAUUGAAGUUAACCAUUCGAUCAUAUUGUGUAAGUACCAUGUUUAAAGUUUCCAAAGACCUGACUUUAAAAAAGAUAGUGAGCUAUAUAUGUAGAAUAUAUAUAGCAACAAAGGGGGCAAGUUUUGACUGAAGACAUUGGUCAUUCUCCCCACUCAAGUUGCUGGACAUUUCCCUUUUGAUGUUUGGGGGUGCAUUUGCACUGCAAAAUCUCUUGCCUCUCUUCAGCGUUGUAUCUUGGGAGCUGAGUGUUUCCAAGUGAUUGUACAUAUAUCGUAUUAAAAUACAACAAAUGUGAGUUA